AUGUCUUCCCGAGCUGUGCUCAUUGUUCUAGCGUUGACUCGCACGCUGGAGGUGGCGUGCCUGAAGACCUUUCCUCCAGGAUUCCGGUUUGGAGCUGCGUCAGCCGCCUACCAGAUAGAAGGAGGAUGGAAUGCCAGUGACAAAGGAGAAAGCGUCUGGGACCGCAUCGUGCACACCCGACCGGACUUCAUCGCGGACCGCAGCACCGGCGACGAGGCCUGCGACUCCUACCACCUUUGGGAGGAAGACCUCAAGAUCCUUGAGGAGUUGGGGGUGGACUUCUACAGGUUCUCCAUAAGCUGGCCCCGUCUCCUUCCGAGCGGCUUCACUAACCGCAUCAGCGAAGACGGUUGCCGCUACUACAGUGAUCUGAUCGACGGUCUACUUGCCCGGGGGAUCGCCCCUGUAGUCACCCUGUAUCAUUGGGACUUGCCACAGAACCUACAGGACCUUGGUACAUGGCUGCCGCUAUACUACAGCGAUCUGAUCGACGGCCUACUUGCCCGGGGCAUCGCCCCUGUAGUGACGCUCUACCAUUGGGACUUGUCACAGAACCUACAGGCCCUUGGAGGCUGGACGAAUCCCCUCGUGGUGGAGUGGUUCGCCGACUACGCUCGUGUGGUGUUCGCUCUGUUCGCCGACCGCGUCCACACCUGGAUCACCAUCAACGAGCCUUGCUUCGUCUGCGACGGCGCCUACAGGGACAUGAUCGCUCCAGGGCUGAAGGUGAAGCUCUUCUUAGACACAUAUAUCACAUGGACGAACCCCCUCGUGGUGCGGUGGUUCGCGGACUACGCUCGCGUGGUUUUCGCUCUGUUCGCCGGGCGCGUGCGCACCUGGAUCACCGUCAACGAGCCCUGCUUCGUCUGCGACGGCGCCUACAGGGACAUGAUCGCUCCAGGGCUGAAGGUGAAACUCUUCUUAGACACAUAUAUCUCUUGGACGAACCCCCUCGUGGUGCGGUGGUUCGCGGACUACGCUCGUGUGGUGUUCGCUCUGUUCGCCGGCCGCGUCAACACCUGGAUCACCAUCAACGAGCCCUGCUUCGUCUGCGACGGCGCCUACAGGGACAUGAUCUCUCCAGGGUUGAAGGACCACGAGAUAGGGGCGUUGUUGUGCACGAAGUACGUCCUGCUCGCGCACGCUGCGGCGUACAGGAUAUACGACGAGGAAUAUAAACAUAAAUAUGGCGGCGAAGUGUCUAUCACCAAUCAGGAGUUUUGGUUGGAGCCGAAAACUGAAGCUGACUUGGAGUUGAUGCUAUUGGCCAGAGAAUAUGCUUUCGGCCGCUACACUUACCCCAUUUACUCGGCGGAGGGGGGCUGGCCGCCCGCGCUGGAGGCCUACAUGGCGCUGAAGAGUGAGAAGGAGGGCUACCCUCGCUCCAGGCUGCCUCCUCUUACUCCUGAGGAGAUCCAGCUGAUAAAAGGCUCGUUCGACUUCUUCGCCCUGAACCACUACACGUCGCGCACAGUGCGCGCACUGACGCCGGGCGAGCAGCCGGGACAGUACAUGUUCGAGAGUGUCGAGGAGGUCGGCGCGGUGCUGGAGGGCAGGGAACAGUGGCCCAGCGACGGCUCAGGGUGGCUCAGGGUGAAUCCUGAAGGUUUCCGGCAGAACCUGAACCUGACGCGUCAACUGUACGGCGACGUCCGCGUCCUAAUCACCGAGAACGGGUGCUCCAGCGACGACACCUUGAACGACACGGGCCGGGUCCACUACAUCCACGACUACUUGGAACAGGUACUGCUAGCCAUAGAGGACGGAGUGAACGUGGUCGGCUACACGGCGUGGUCGCUCAUGGACGACUUCGAGUGGGUGGAUGGAUACCAGACCCGGUUCGGUCUGCACGCGGUAAACUUCACGGACCCGCGGCGCACGCGCACCGCCAAGGCGUCGGCCAAGUACUACAGGGACGUCAUCCGUUCCCGCUCGUUACGCGCAGAUCAUGACAUCAAACUAUAG